AUGGCUCCUUCAAUUCUCUCUCCCAUCAUACCCAGCAUGGACGGAAUCUUCCGCAAUAAGCGUAUCUCCAGCUCCCGGCGCAUUUCGGGGCUACAUGACGGAGAGAGUGUGACGUCGGGUGUGGCACGCUCUGUCCAAUCGCCUCGUGUGACCUCUAGGAAGUUCAACUCGAUGGGAACAACAAACAUCUCCAGUGUUGUGACGUCGCUUCAGCGUCGCAGCGGCGAAGAACUAGGAACGAAUGCGUCUUCUAGGCUGCUGACAGCGAACCAUGCCUCCAUCCUGGAGUGGAUCCGGUCGGAGCGCAUGAGCCUGCUGCCGCCCGAGGGAAGCGACUACGAUAAAGUGCUUGCCUGGGCUCAGCUCUUUAUUGAUCGUCUCCACUCCUUCGAUAUGGCGAUUGAACAGUUCGCCGGUGACAGCUACCUCGCUGCCCAGCUGUCGUAUGGUUACUGCGCGCUGCUCCUUGAGCUUGGCAGAGAGAAUGCUGCCGCGUUGAUGAUUUCCUUCGGCUUCUUCUACAGCAUCUCGAUGACCCUGGUCAACCUCCUAGAGCGUACUGAACUCUUUGGGGUAUCCCAGGAAAUUCAGGAACAGCUCAUCCUCGCUCUUUCCGACCUCGUCACUCUCGUUGCAAGCGUCUCGACCCACUUCCACAAGGCCAUCCGAGGGAUGACCACUGCUUCGGUAUCUGUCAACAUUUACCGUACCUUCCCAGGUCAGAUCGAGACGUUCCAGCAGCGAUUGUCCGAGGUAAAGGCCAUUCGAGCCUGGCUUGCUCCGGAAGACCAUGUAGUUGGCAGUAUCGCUGAUCACAGCUCGCAACUGGCCCAAGAUCGCGAGGAGCUCACAUGUCUUUGGGCGGGUCCUUACUUGACUCGCUUCCUGAAGACUCAGCAGAAGCAUCUUAGCAUCAUUGGCCAGCCAGGAUCUGGCAAGACGGUUCUCGCUUCUGUCAUCGUCGACCAUCUUCAACACCCUCAUGGCGGUGUCUCGUACCAGACUCUCCUUGUACCCAUCACUGGUAGGAUCCCUGGACAAACCAGCUCCUUCGCGAUCGCGAAGACAAUUUUGUCCCAGUUGUUUGAGAAGCGUAUCGGUAAUGUGCAACUGUUCCGCAUUCUCAGCGAGGUUCUGCAUCGAAGCAGAGUCACGGCAGAUUACGAAGCUUACGACAAUCUCCUUUGGGACGCUGUCGAUCAGGCCCUCUGCUCCGCCCUCAGAGGCGCCAAAGAGCUGGUGCUAGUAGUGGACGGUGUUGACGAGGCCACGUGUGGAGAGGACAGGUUGCUACAGAGGCUGACCCGAGCCUCAAGCAAGGCAUCCAACGUUAAGUUGAUAACGCUUGGUGCCCGCAACCCCCCUGAGGUACCUGGCCAGGCUCGUGUUCGCAUCACCGAUGAUAUCAUCUUCGACGACAUCUCUGCUGUUGUUCGUGGUCUAUUCGGUGACAGUCACUCUUUUAAGAGUCUGUCAUCUAUCGAGCAAGAAACCGUCGUUGAACGUAUCGCAGCGGCUUCCAAGAGCUCGUUCCUUACAGCCAAACUCAUCACGAAACGUGUUCGCCGAGAGCAGACCGCUGAAACGUUGCGCAAAGCAAUUGACACUAUCCUCUCCGCUAAGCCAACUGUCAAUGACUUUGUGCUUCAUUCCCUGCAGCAGCCCGAGGUUACUACCGAAGCCAAACUGAUGCUGCUAUGGCUUGCAACUGCUGAGCGCCCGUUGCACGUGCAGGAGCUCUCUGCUCUAGCUUCUAUCAACACCGAGAAGCAAACAAUCUCUGACGCACGCGUCGAUACUUUGCACGCUCUGAAACCAUUCAACUCGCUCGUGUACCUUGAGUACGACUAUUUCUCCCUGCGCCAUGGCCUUAUUCGCAAUGCAGUUGUGGACGUCUUUACUCAGGGCAAGUUCAUCCCGUCCGUCAAGGACCGUCACGCCGACCUCCUCACAAGACUGCUCGUCUACAUUAAGACCAGCAUGACCGAAGAGCAUGAGCCUUCGUCCUUACCGUCCUUGGACUACCAUGAGACGAAGACGCUUCUAGGCAAAUAUCCCCUGCUGGAGUUCGCCUUGCGCUACUGGAUCCCUGUAUUCCGUCAGACAAACGUGUUCAGCAAGGACGGUGAGCCCACCGCGUCGAAGGAGAUCGCAAAGCUACUGCCAACAUCGACUACCGUUGUCCGCCUUCUCAGGUCAAUUUUGGACAAUGUAACAACACCAUACCUUGUGAAAUUCCAAACGUCCAUUACCAACAUCUACCGGACCACCUUGACCUCAGAAAAUGUGACUACACUUCAAGCUAUUAUCACCUUGGCUACGUUGCUGCGUCAGGUGCAUCGUCCUGAGACAUUUACUCUGUUCUACGAGGCGGCUACCCUCAGCCAGAAGCUGCUGACCACGCGACACAUCGUCACACAGCAAAUGGUCACUACAUUCCUGGAGAUCACCACUGAAAGCGUCACCGAAACGAAGACAGAAAUCAUGGUGAAACGAGAGGAAAUGCUUCUCGUACUCGUCGAAUGCUACAAGAUACACUACGGCAACACCUCCGAGAAGGUUAUCGCUGUCCUGCAGCAGCUUGUCGAGCACUACCGCAAGGUGAAGGAAACCAAGCAGGCCGAGACCAUUAUUGCCAGGAUCCAGACCAUCACCUCCAGUGAGUAUGGUUCGUCUUCCGGAACCUCUGGCUCUUUGGAUGUUCGCCUUGUCGGCCGCGGAAAACCUACCUCUGAAGGUGGGUACAUUCUCCGCCUCGACCUUGAGGAAGAGGACGACGUGCUGGAGACCACGGAGUCCUAUGAAGUUGAAGCUUUGGUCAAGCUCGCUGAAAAGUAUCUUCAGAGCGGUAGGGCCGACCUGGCGGAGCGUAUCUACGUGGAGUUCUGGCAGCGAGCGACACGGGAGUCUCGUGUGCACUCCUCUGCAGUGUGGGAGGAGAAGAAGAUGAAGGUUAUCCUCGCCUACUCGGUUUUUCUGCGGUCACAGAAGAGACAGUACGAAGCCUCUUCAGUUCUUACCAGUUUCUGGCAGGAUUACCAGCACACCAGUGUCUCUGUCUCUGAGUCCACCGCGGUUCACUUGGAGGAGGUUGCCAAGGUGAUGAAGAGCGUUGGCCUUUCCACCACCGCAUUGAGCGUCUUCAAGCACGUCUCAGAGUACUACCAGAGCACGCGCCGGACGGAGACAACAAGCUACAAGGAGAUUCAGCAACUGCUACAUUCCACCUCCCAGGAGGUCAUGAAGUCAGCUACCUCUGCCUCUGUUGUUUCCGAGUCUACCUUGGAGGAGAUGAUUCUGGAGACGUCCACAUCUUCUACCUCCCUUGACCAGAGCUUUUACAGCAGCACUGAGACUUUGGUUAGUCUGUACAUUUCCCAGCGCCGUUGGCAGCACGCUUCCCGCACGAUCAAGCGAAUCUUGCACAACACGUGGGCAUCAUUCUUCUCGGCAACGCUCCAGGACGUCACGCUUCCCCAGAAGCAUGUGGACUCCUCGCUGGCCCUUGCUGAGCGUCUGGCCCAGUGCUACCACUCACGCCACCGCCUGGCCAAGGAGCAGGAUACCCGACUGCGGAUCUACUACGCCGUCCGAUCCGGACUCAACGUCGAGGACAAGUUGCGACAGCACCACGUGUCCGAGUUGCUUCGCCUCUUGGAACGAUCUUCCCAGACCGAGCUUAUCAUCAGCGUCUACCAGGAGCUGUUGAACGACUACACCAAGCACUACGGCUCCGACCACGCAACUGUUAUCCAAACUCUACGAACCUUGGCUGAGCUCACUCGCCCUCGUCCAAUCUUCCUGGACUACUACCAGCAGAUCAUUCAAGCCUUGAACAAGGACGGCAAGUACCACCCCGAGUCUCUGGAGCCUCUGGACAUUGUUGCGACCGAGCUGUGGAACCAAGGACGUUACUCCGAUGCCCUACACUACUGCCACAUCCUCUACACUGCUUGGGUGCACCAGCCCAAGCUCAGCCCCAAGUUCCAGGAUGAGAAGUUCGUGCAGGGGAUUUUCACCCGCUACACGCAGUGCCUUCGCGCGGUCCGGACCGAGUACUCGACCCUUCACAAGAUUACUGUGGAAUACCAAACGAAGUGCAAGGCUGUCUUCAGUGCCACUGCAUCAAUCACUGUCAAGGCGACUCUGACGCUAGCACAACUCUGCCAGGAGUCUAAGCACUAUGAGAUUGAAGCUAUCCGGCUCUAUGAGGAGCUUCUCAAGAUCAACUCCACUGAAGUCCAUUUGGAUGAGAUCCGUGCGACCCUCGAGUCUCUCUACGAGGAACAGUCUGCAAUUCUCUCCAACUCCCAGCUCACCGAGUCCGCUUCCUCGACCCAGGUGGAACAGGCCGUCAGAGUGCUGAAGAAACGCAUCACCACCCUGCGUCAAAGCUACGGCUGGGCCCACGAGGAGUCUCUCACGAGAAUGAAGGAGGUCAUCAGCUUCUACUCCAGGCAGAGCAAGACCGAGCAGGUUGUCCAGGAGCUACACGAGGCAACGAUCCAAAUCCUCUCUUCCGAGACCUCCACCACUCGUCUGAGCCAGGCCGCCGAGACAAUUGUCUCCUCUUACAUCGCAACCAAGCAGACCCAGAAGGCCGUCGAGCUGACCAAUGAGGUCUAUCGCCAGGUGAUCAGGAAGGAUACGACUAAUGUGAAGUCAUCCCAAUUCGAUCUCACAACCAAGAGCCGCCAGAGUCUGAUCUUCCUCGCCCAGCUCGAGCACCACCUUCACCGCCAGACGUCUACUGUUACUGAGAUUUUGGCUUCAUUGACCACUGAACUUGUCUACUUCGAAGAGUUCCACCAGCUGAUCCGGUCCAACAGCUCGUUCCUUUCCGCAAGUGCAUCUGCGGCUCGUCUGCACUACUUCUUGCAGACCAUCAACCGCCAGCAGGUGGCCACGGAGGUUACCAACGAGUUCAUCAGCUACUUCCUCGCGAAUGAGGGCAAGCGGAUUGGAUUCAAGUCUGCGGCGGAGGUUAGAGUGUUCGCCACGAUGGUCAUGAGCUACUUCAGCACUCGGCAGUCGCAAGACAUUGUUCGCUCGAUCGGAAUCGCCAGCAACAGCCAUGUUCGCGAAUUGGUCAAGUUGAACAAGUACGAAGAAGCGUGCGAACUCGCUCUUGCGUCCUUCAAGUUCAUCGCCGCUCAGCAGAGCUACCGCACCCCUGCUAUUGCCCGAUUUGUCCUGGCGCUCAGCAUCAAUGUCUCAGGCCGCGGACUUCAGCUCGACGAAGGCACCCGCAAGCAGAUGCUCAGUAUCUCUGCGACCAUUAUCCAGGAUGUCCUCAAGGUGCUCGCUGAGCUGAAGAUCAACCUCGCCCAGGUUGGCCUCGAGCACUUGAACACCGUCAUCGGCCUUCUCGGCGAGCAGGCCAACUACCAGACUCUCGCGGCGGUCCUCACCUCGAUCUGGCACAGCCGCGAGGCCCAGCGCGACUGGGAUCCGUACGUCACCCUUUCCCUCGGUCGCCUCUACACCAUGGUCCGCUACCUCGUCGGCGACACCACCGCCGCCGUCCGUCUCGCCGAAGACAUCGUCUACAACUGCCGCCGCGUCCACGGCGCCCGCCACCCCAACACCCUCCAGAUGUCCGUCCUGCUUUCCCAGCUCUACACCGGCGUCGGGCAGCGCUACCAGGCGCACAAGGACGCCCAGGAGCUGGCCAACCGCUACUACAAGCGCGCGGCGGCCCUGCACGAGAACAUCCUCCGUGCACUGAGCGACCCCACAUUCGCCGACAUGGACGGCAGCUACGACGGCGGCAUGAGCACCGACGGGUCCGUCCUGGACCUGGACAACGACCUCGCGAACGCCUCUCUCGGCGACGACCAGGUCCGUCUGCACUUCAAGCUCUUCAAGCUCGCUAUCCAGCGUCUUGGCGGCUGGCCCAAGGACUACAGCGAGUACGAGCGUCUGAACGCAGACCUCUUCCGCGAGUACCCCGAGGCAUUGAACGGCCUUGAGGGUGUGGAGAAAUGGGAUCUCAAGGGAUUUGGUGCUGGAAAGGCGGAGAGCAAUGAGGAUCAGGUGGAUGUUGACUUUAAGGAUUGGCAGCUCUUUAGCGAGAGCCACCUUGUUACUGCGACGAAUGGGGUGCAUGGGGCUGAGGAGGAGGAGCUGUGA